AUGUCUGCUAAAGGAGGAGAUGGCAGAAAGCCGGCCUCGCCGGCUGUCAAUCUGAUCGCUGGUGGUGGAGCCGGUAUGAUGGAGGCUCUUGUAUGCCAUCCUUUGGACACCAUUAAGGUCCGCAUGCAACUCUCGCGGCGGUCCACGGCACCUGGUGUAAGUCAAGCCUCGUGGUUUCGUGAAAACCGGUGUCGAGAUUGUCAAGAAGGAAACCGCACUCGGUCUGUACAAGGGUCUGGAGCCGUCUUGGGCGGUAUCAUCCCCAAGAUGGCCAUCCGAUUCACCUCCUACGAGCAAUACAAGCAGUUGCUUGCGGAUAAGAACACCGGUGCUGUCUCCAGCAAAGCUACAUUCCUCGCCGGUCUCGCCGCAGGUGUAACGGAAGCCGUCGCCGUCGUGAACCCCAUGGAAGUCAUUAAGAUCCGCCUGCAAGCGCAACACCACUCCCUCGCCGACCCCCUUGACGCUCCCAAAUACCGCUCCGCCCCUCACGCUCUCUUCACCGUCAUCAAGGAAGAAGGAUUUAUGGCCCUCUACCGCGGUGUCUCCCUGACUGCUCUCCGCCAGGGUACAAACCAAGCCGCCAACUUCACAGCCUACACGGAACUUAAGGCCUUCCUGCAACGCAGCCAGCCCGAAUACAGCAACUCUCAGCUCCCUAGCUAUCAGACAACCGUUAUCGGUCUGAUUUCUGGUGCUGUCGGCCCCUUCUCCAAUGCACCCAUCGACACUAUCAAGACUCGUCUGCAGAAGACGAGAGCUGAGCCUGGUCAGAGCGCCGUGAACAGAAUUAUGACGAUCGCCAAGGACAUGUUCAAGCAGGAGGGUGCUAGUGCGUUCUACAAGGGUAUCACGCCUCGUGUCAUGCGUGUUGCACCCGGACAGGCCGUCACGUUCACAGUGUACGAAUUCUUGAAGGGGAAGCUGGAGGCGUCGAACUGGGCGUUUGUGGGCGGAAAAUAUGAGGAAUAA